UUAAUGUUUAAAAAUGCUGAAGGUGGCCAGAUAUUGGAAGGAAAUGACAUGUUCGAAGGUUAUUGCAAAGAUCUGGCUGAUUUAAUUGCCGACAACUUAAAGAUAAGUUUUAUCAUCAAAUUAGUGAAUGACUCAGCUUAUGGUGGAAAGGAUCCUACUUCAUCAGUUGGCUGGAAUGGAAUGGUCGGCGAACUUAUUCGCAAGGAUGCUGAUAUGGCUAUCGCCCCUCUGACCAUAACAUCAGCGCGAGAAAAUGUAAUUGAUUUCACCAAACCUUUUAUGUCCAUGGGAAUAAGUAUUAUGAUCAAGAAACCAAUGAACCGACUUCCAGGUGUCUUUUCUUUCAUGAAUCCCUUAUCCGAAGAGAUCUGGAUGUGUAUCAUCUUUGCUUAUGUUGGAGUUUCAGUAGUCCUGUUCCUUGUUAGUCGUUUCUCACCCCACGAAUGGAGAUACGAAGACAAUUUUAUGGGACCAUCAGCAUCGAACGAUUUCUCAUUACAUAACAGUCUUUGGUUUUCUUUGGGCGCCUUCAUGCAACAGGGUUGUGACAUUUGCCCCAGGUACGAGGGAAGUUGUUCAUUGGCAAAGACAUACUUUGCAUAA